CCAUAAACUGUUUUUGUUCACCUUUUAAACCCUCAAACCCUAACUCGGACUACACUUGCGGCUGCAGAGAAGCACUCUUCAUUCUUCUGUUGCUCCGAUCUGCUUUCUCCGAAGUUUCAAAAUGUCGGUUGGAGAAGUUGCUUGUUCAUACGCUGCUCUCAUCCUUCACGAAGAUGGAAUUGGCAUCACUGCCGAUAAGAUCGUUGCUUUGCUGAAGACUGCAAAGGUUGAAGUUGAUUCUUAUUGGCCCACCUUAUUUGCCAAACUCGCCGAAAAGAAAAAUCUUGGCGAUUUGAUAGCAAAUGCUGCGGGAGGUGGGGCACCAGCUGCUGUUGCAGUCGCCCCAGUUGCUGCUUCAGGUGGUGGUGCUGCCGCAGCUGCUCCAGCUGCUGAGGAGAAGAAAAAGGAAGAGCCUGAAGAGGAGAGUGACGAUGAUAUGGGAUUCGGCUUGUUCGAUUAAGGACUUUCUCGAUGUGAUCUGGUCAAUUUUUGUGUUUCUUUAAGUUACUUUAUGGAUAUCCUAGAUUUUCUUUUAGUGAUGGCUAUUUAUAUUUGUAUACGACUUGAUUUUGUAGUGCUAUGAACAUCUAAACAUGGGUUUAUGUUCAAUUGAGGAUUUAGACAAGAGGAAUGUUUACUUGUUAUUUUGGUUUUUCUCCA